GUGAGUGUAUCAGAUAUCGGAGUAUAUCACACGUACGUACCACGCUACCGCGGACGCGGCUUUACCACGGGUGGUUGCUGCCAGAGUGAGAGUGCUAUAUAUAUAGAGAGAAGGGGGAACUCGACUCGGCACUCCAAAGUACACAGCCUCCGCGAUUGCAGUGGUGUGCCUCUUUCGGUUUCCUUCCACCAGGUUGUCGCCUGAUAUUCAUUCCCUCGCGGGCCUCGCGCCAGUGGUAACAGAUUCGGCCGCAGACCGGUGGUUCCCGCACGCUCGCAAGCUGCAGAAGGGCAUCCGCAUAGGAGACCGAGUGAAUCCGCCCUAUAGGCCGUCGACACCAUGAAACUUACGCUGUUCACAAUAUUAGCCCUCUGUAUAAUAGCCGUUUGCAAAUCAGUCGAAGAAGAGUAUGAUUACGAGGAGGAGCCAGCAGCGCCGGUGACGCCAGCGCCAACUAAGCCAGCACCUGGUCGACUGGGCGGUCUUCUAGCUUCGAGGGGACGCGUCAAUGUAGCAAAUUUAGGAAAAAAGAAAGCACCAGCACAAUCAACGACGUCGAAGCCAGUAGAACAGGUACCCGAAGAAGAGCUGGUAGAUGAAGAUCCGCUUGAUGAAACUCAGGAACAGGAAGUGCCUACGACGACGACUGAAUCUGCGAAGAAACUUCGAAAUAAUGGUGGCGUCAGGCCCUUCAGAUCAAACGAAGAUCUUUUGGCUGCCUUAAAGAGGCGAAGAGCUCAAACCGGUCCCAGUAGUCAUUCACGUGAAACUGCUGCCACAAAUUCCGCAGUGGAACAUACCACACCCAAGUCAAAAGCUAGCACAAGCAAUCGUAGCAAGGCUACGACAAGCGCGGCUAACGAGGCAAGAACAUCAGGACGCGGUAGGUUCGGCGGAAGAGGAAAGACUAUUCCUGAGGAAGUCGAAGAGACCCAGCGGGAGGAGAUCCAAGUAAAGCCCACCAAAGCUAGCUCCUACCGCAGGCGCAGUUAAAAUGAUCGCCAAUUCGCAAUGAGAGUUGCCGAAACUUGUUAAUUUCUUAGAACGCGCAACAAUCGAAUUUGACAAUCGGUCAACGUCCGAAAACCGUCGUCUUUCUCACAUUGUACAAUUAUGUAAAAGCGAUCUUACUUACCGAAUUCGUAGGAAUACUGUGAAGCGUAGUUCCGAUUUCCGCCUAACGCGGACUUUCGACGCACAAUUGACGCACUAAAUAAGGAUUUUAACACAUUUUGGACACGAAUCGUAUGGAGACAUCACGUCUUUCUUGAAGAGCGACACCUCAUUUAUGUCUUACGCGCGGUUAUGUUAAAAAUGUGAACGAUCAACCGAAAGGUGAGGUACGAGUAUUGACAUACGACAGGUACACGGAAAGAUUGAUUUUGCUGAAAUAUAGAAAAUAUUGUAAUAGUUAUGUUGAACCAUCAAAAUAAUUCUAUUGGACGUCUGUGCUGAUUGCUAGAAUAUCAAAACUUAUUACAACAAAAAAUCAUCAUGCUUGAGCAACCUACAUAAUUAUUUUGAUAGACCAACAUGAAACUAUUUUGAGAUCUGUAUCUAUUAUAGCUAAAUUUUUAGAUGAUGUAGUGAAACUGUUCUUUCCGUAUAUUAAUCGAAAGGAACAAGAUCUUUCCCUUAGCCAUAGUAAGCUUUGAUCGACGCGUGCAUGUUAAAGGGAUGAUAGAAAAGUGAUGUGUACAUAGCAAAAUAUGUUGUCCGUCAAGCACCUAAAUCACUUAUUGUAUAAAUGUAAAUUAAUAUGACAAUAAAGUUUUUCUGGAAAGCGACUUUA